GAGUUUAACUUAUUUUUGCAUUCAACGAUGAACCACCUGCGGGUGAAUAAAUUCAGGCUGGUCAGCGGCAAAGAUAGUGCCGCCAUGCCGGCCGAUCUGCCACAACCGGAUAAUGCCAAUACAAACAAUAACAAUAAUAAUAACAAUAAUAAUACCAACGCCAAUAAUAACAACGGUAAUAGUGGAGCCAAGGGAUUUCUUGGCAGAAUCAAACGGUAUUCGGUACUGGGGCGUCGCCAUCUGGGCAGCAUGAAUCUGCACACGGGCAGAGAUCAUCAUCAGCAGCAUAAUCAGCAUAACGCUGGCGGAGAUCACUUGGUGGCGCCAGGUAAACUGCAUCAUGGCAGCUACAACAUGACCGGCAGCCAUUCGGAGGAUCAUCGCCUGGAGAUCGGAGCACCUGUGUUGAUAUCGACAACCACCUUGGACACGGAUCGCUUCGAUGUGACCGAGGCAAGGCUGAAGCAGAUUGGCGGCGGCAUUGCCCAGACAUCCAGCAUUGUUCGCACUCUCACGCCCAAGAGUUCGGAUGAGGAUGAGUUUGUGGACGCCAGGAGCACGCCACAGCAGAUGGAGGGGAUGGAUCGUGACCAGGAUGAACUGGAUCUAGAACAGGAUGGUAUUCAUUUGGAGGAUGUGAAGACAGCUGGUGAUAUGAAUAAGGAAAGGAAAAUAGAUAUAGCCGGGUGUCUCGUCGAAGAUAUCGAGGAGGAUCAGGAUCAAGAUCAAUUCCAAACCCCCAAGCAUCAUCCUGCUGACCCUUAUCCCAAUCCCAGUCCCGAUCUCCUGACCGAAAUCGAAGCAGAGAUUGCUAUCAAAGAUGCCAUCACCCCGCCAAAGACACCAGAUGAACCCAGUGCCGUUGUGGAACCGCCCAUGCGGAGACCACGCAUUGCCCGCCAGCAGAUGCAAUCGCAAUCGGUGCAGAAUCUUCAUCGGAGCGAGCUUAAAGUCUACCUGCACAAGACCAACUCCAUGGCACUGGAUAUGAAUGUAACGGCCCCGGCAAAGCUGGGGAACUUGGACCUGAAUCUGCCCGAGCUGCCGGAGCUAUACGGAGCCAGUGAGCUGAGCCUGGCGGCCAGUGAUAAUAACAAGGAGAAUGAUGAGCCUAGGUUGCAGCCAUUGCAGGAACUGCCCAGAACUCCCAUACCGAAUGGUGGCUUUGCCGCCCAGCAAGCUCACUUCAAGAGCCUGGACUCCCUGUACUUCAACUCGAAGCUAUCGCAUCGUAGCUCCCAGCAGAGCUCCCACCAGAGUUUGGCCAGCAGCAAUGCCGGAGAAUAUGAUUUCGAUCUCAAGUCCAUUAGCUACCAGAGCCUGAAUGCCCAGAAUCUGUUUGUGUCCAUUGACGAGCUGCAGGAGCUGACCCGCCAGAUAAAUGAAUCGGAGGACUUUAGUCGUGAAAUUGAUCUGGAGUACUGCACCCACAGGGAUCAGUUGAAGCCGAGUGAGCGGAGGAUUACUUUGCUGAAGAACAAGAACCAGACCCUCAUCAACUUUAGUCACAACAAGGAGAAGCUAAGAAAGGGCUGGCAUGGCAUGAAAAACUGGUUGGGUGAGGAGAGCUCCAAGAUCAAGGAGGUGGUGCGCCAGCAGACACCACUCAAGCGGCUGGCCCAGUCCCGGAAUAAUCUCAACCAGUCGACGGCGGAUGCCAGUGCCGCACGCAAGUCAAUGUCACCGGAUCGGAGUCGUCGUGACAUGACCGAGAGCUGUGAGGAUGUCACCGAACGCACCGAAAUGGAAUCAUCCAUGUCAAAUAGGAAUAGCGAGGAGGAUUUAUCGCCGCAUGCCAAGCGGUUCAAGGAUGAGGGACAGAACGGCUUUGAGGAACUCAGGCGAUAUGUCAAGCAGGGCGGUGACUUUAGCAAGGAGCUCAUAUUUGUCCUGCAGGAGAGAGCCGACUCGGAGCUUAUCUAUUCGAAAUCACUCUCCAAGCUGGCCAAUAAGCUCAACAAGGCUGGCAGGGAGAUUCCUGGCAGUGUGGCCGAUGCCUGGCGUGGUGUGGCUACGGAAAUGGAGAGCCGCAGCGAUAUCCAUCGCCAGCUGGCGGCUUCGCUAACGGAUGAGCUGGUCAAGCCGCUCAAGACUGUGGUCGAGGGUCAUCAUAAGGCUCGCAAGUCGGUGGAGAGCAAUGUGGACAAGGCGGCCCGCGUCCUGGGCGAAUGGCGUGCCAGCGAGGCAAAGGCUAAGAAGGCCUCCCAUUCGGCUGCCCGGGAGAAUGAGAAGCUGCAGGAUGCCAUGCUGGAUGUACGCAUCCAGAAAUCCCCUUCGAUUGCCCUACUCCACCAGGGACCAAACAAACAGGCCGCCGAGAAGGAGCUCAAGUCGGCGGAAAAGGACUGCGUCAAGUUGGACAAUAAACGCAAGAAGGCCGAGGAGGCAGUGAAGCGAGCUGAUGUCGAGUACUACACCCUGUGUGUGCGUGCCGAGCGGGCCAGGGUGGACUGGGAAAUGGCCGUGCUCCGGGGCAGUGCCCAGCUGCAGAGCAGUGAGCAGCAACGUCUGGGCAAUAUGCAUAAUUUUGCCCAGCAAUAUGCCCGUCUCAUUGCGGAUAUGAAUCCAAUACUGGGCGGACUCAGUGCCCGGCUGCAGCCACAGCUGGAGGCAUGCAAUGUGUCCAAGGAUAUGCAGGUGGUGCGUCACAUUCGCCGGAAUUCGGAGGGACCCAGCGAGCAGUUGUUGCCCGAUUUUUACUGUGAACACACCACAUUGGCCAUGAAUCGGGAGAGACGCAAACAUGCCUUAAUCAAGCUCCUGCAGUUGGUCAAGACGGAUCUGGAGCGGGAGAGACGUUCCCGUGAUGGAUUGAGGGGACUAUCCCAAUCGCUGAACCAUCAGGAGCAUCAGAAUAUAACCGAUAAGCUUUAUCAUAUCCGCUCCAUGCUUACAUAUUUGGAGGGCGCCCGUCUUAAACUACACUCUGCUCUCUUGGAGUUGGAUCACAAGCCCAGGACCACUCAUCCUCUAGCCCAGCAUAUUCAGAUCACCCGUGAUCGCACUGGACUCCAGCAGAGCAUCCUGAAAGUGCCCAAUUGGCUAAAGAACAAUGACAAGUCCCAGCAGCAGCAUCAACAAUCCGCUCUCGAUAUCACCGAUAUAGCUGCUGCCGCCUCCGACGAGCUGCCGGAUGAGCACUGCUCCCAUUUGCAUGGCAGCAAUAAUAGCCACACCAAUAGCAAUGGCUCCUGCACGGACAUCAGUUCCGUGGUGAAGCCUUUCAAUCGAAGCAAAAGCAAUAUCGAGACCAAUUUUACCAGCCAACCAAAGAUAAUCUCGACAACGAAUGCCGCCGUGGCGGCCAUGUCUGUCAAGGCCAAGACCCUGGCCAACAGUAAUAAUCAUCAUCAUCAUCAGCACCAUCAGCAUAAUCUGGGUGGAGGCAGUGAUCGUGGCCAGGCGGAUGGUGGUUCCAAUCAACAGGACUCGGACUUUGAUGAGUUUAGCUCGCAGGACGAGGAGGAUGAGGAGCAGCCGGUGAAGCCAUUGCCCAUUAAAGCACCAAAUCCCCUGCAAACGCAGACGCAUUUCUAUCAGAAUGCGCAGGAUCUGCAGAAGAGCCAGAAGGAGGACGAGGACCAAGGUGUUGGCCCGAUCCUUGGACGCUGCAAGGCCCUCUACAGUUACACCCCGAAGCUCUACGACGAGCUGGAACUGAGUCCCGGCGACAUCAUCGAGGUCCACGCCAAGCAGGAUGACGGCUGGUGGCUGGGAGCACUUAGAAAUCACAUUGGCAUCUUUCCGGCCACCUAUGUGGAGGAGUGUGCCUAAAGGUCACAUCUUAUAGAUAGUGUGUGUGAGUGUGUGUGUGGCUGUGCAAAGUGUGUAUGAAUUCGUGGGAAUUUGAUUUGUUUGAUACAAAAAUCAGGAAUUGUAAAUUUAAUUCAAAAUGCAUUAGAAAUGGCUUUAAAACAAGGAAAUAAUUAGAUCAUUUAUAUGAAAAUACAUGUGUUACUCAGCCAAGAAUUAUAAAUUUAA